CUCUCUCUCCCCUCUCCCUCUAUAUAUCUCUCUUUGGCAAUCUCUCUCUCUCUUCAGAACACUGCCCUACUUCUCUCUUUCUGUCUGUAGAGCUAUCUGAAGCAGUGCACUGCAGGUGUAGCUUCAGCAGAGUGCAGAAUAGUUAGUUAAUUAACGGUUUUUGCUUCGUUUCUCCCCAUUUUGCCCUUCUUCUUCUCUUGAAUUUACUUUUUGAAGGGAUAUAGAGAGUAAGAAGAAUAAUUAAUCAUGAUUAGCUGGAAGGAUCUGUACACCGUUUUAACGGCGGUGAUUCCUCUCUACGUUGCUAUGAUUUUGGCCUACGGCUCCGUGCGCUGGUGGAAGAUUUUCAGCCCGGACCAGUGCUCCGGCAUCAACCGGUUCGUGGCGAUAUUUGCUGUGCCGCUAUUGUCUUUCCAUUUCAUAUCCACCAACGAUCCUUACGCCAUGAAUUUCCGGUUCAUUGCCGCCGAUACGCUUCAAAAGAUUAUAAUGCUUUUCGCUCUCGGUAUUUGGACUAAUUUCACUAAAAACGGAAGUUUAGAAUGGAUGAUUACAAUUUUCUCCUUGUCUACUCUUCCAAACACACUAGUCAUGGGCAUUCCUUUGUUGAUUGCCAUGUACGGCGAGUACUCCGGUAGCCUCAUGGUUCAGGUGGUGGUUUUGCAGUGUAUCAUUUGGUACACUCUUCUUUUGUUUCUUUUUGAGUACAGAGGAGCCAAGAUGUUGAUCAUGGAGCAAUUCCCUGAAACUGCUGCUUCCAUUGUUUCGUUCAAGGUAGAUUCCGAUGUUGUUUCUUUAGACGGUAAAGAUUUCUUGGAAACAGAUGCUGAGAUUGGUGACGAUGGGAAGCUACAUGUGACGGUGAGGAAAUCGAAUGCUUCGCGGCGAUCUUUGGGGCCUGGUUCUUUCUCUGCAUUGACUCCACGUCCCUCGAAUCUUACUGGAGCUGAGAUUUAUAGCCUAAGUUCAUCAAGAAAUCCAACCCCAAGAGGAUCUAAUUUUAACACUUCCGACUUCUAUAACAUGAUGGGUGUGCAGGGAUUCCCUGGUGGAAGGCUCUCAAAUUUUGGUCCAGCGGACUUGUACUCUGUACAAUCUUCAAGAGGUCCAACGCCUCGGCCCUCAAAUUUUGAAGAAAAUUGUGCUCCAAUGGCUACAAUUUCUUCUCCGAGAUUCGGGUUUUAUCCAACGCAGACGGUGCCAACAUCUUAUCCAGCACCGAAUCCGGAAUUUUCUUCAACUGUAUCCGCAAAAAACACCAAGAAUAAUCAGCAGCAGCAGGAGCAACAACAGCAGCAGCAGCAGCAGCAGCCUCAGAAUUCCAAAGCAAACCAUGACGCUAAGGAGCUGCACAUGUUUGUUUGGAGCUCAAGUGCCUCGCCGGUCUCCGACGUAUUUGGUGGGAAUGAUUUCGGAGCAUCCCAGCAAUCUGGCAGGUCCGACCAGGGAGCCAAGGAGAUCAGGAUGUUAGUUGCUGACCACCCACAAAAUGGGGAAACCAAAGCCAUUGCACAUGCUGGAGAAUUUCCUGGCGAGGACUUCAGUUUUGCUGGUAAAGGAGAAGGAGAAGAUGAUGGGCGAGAAAAAGAGGGACCCACUGGACUUAACAAGCUGGGGUCAAGCUCAACCGCGGAACUCCAGCCAAAAGCCACCGGAGCACCAGAUUCUGGAGGCAACAAACAGAUGCCUCCGGCGAGCGUUAUGACCCGUCUGAUAUUGAUCAUGGUUUGGCGCAAACUGAUUCGGAAUCCAAACACAUACUCCAGUCUCAUUGGCCUGGUUUGGUCUCUAGUUUCAUUCCGGUGGCAUGUGGCUAUGCCUAAAAUAAUAGAGAAGUCCAUUUCCAUACUGUCUGAUGCUGGCCUUGGCAUGGCUAUGUUCAGCCUAGGUCUAUUUAUGGCUUUACAACCGAAGAUAAUUGCCUGUGGGAACUCGGUUGCUGCGUUCGCCAUGGCUGUUCGCUUCCUGACUGGUCCUGCAGUGAUGGCUGCCGCUUCAAUUGCCGUUGGCCUGCGUGGUACUCUUCUCCGCGUCGCUAUCGUUCAGGCUGCACUACCGCAAGGAAUUGUUCCAUUUGUGUUCGCCAAAGAGUACAACGUCCAUCCAGCCAUUCUUAGCACUGCGGUUAUCUUCGGAAUGUUGAUAGCAUUACCAAUUACCCUUGUCUACUACAUUCUCCUUGGAUUGUGAUUUUUCUGAGUGGUAUCCCAAAAAUAGAGCAGAAAUGAAGAGAAUUUUGAUUGCUGAUGAUAGUGUGUCACACUUAUUGGCUUUGCAUAGCUAGCUAGCUGCAUUGACUGCAUAUGUUGGUGUUAGAGGAGGAAUUCCCGGGGAAAGAAGAAUUUAAUACAAAGAAAUUUGCCAAAGGUUCCAAGAUUCUUGGGGCUAAAAAAAUAUUUUUAGCUUAGUUUUUAAGCCCUGAUAUAAGGAUCUUGCACCCAUUAAGAGCCAAAAUUAAAGUUUGUUCAAUCUUCUAAGGUUUUAAAAUGAGCAAAUUGAAGGCCGUUCUUUGCAUAAGGGAGACAUGAAGGAAGAAAACACGGGCAAAAGAGUUAGAGCCAUUAGAAAGCCAUCAUCAUGGAUAAGCUUAUUUCUCUUCAUUUCCUGUUAGUGCAUGUAAAGUCUGAUUUCAAUAUUAAUUCUUCCUCUUCUGCUACAAAACGACAAUGCAAAAGAUUAAUGAAUUGGAUCAGAAGAUACGAAGAGAAGGAGAAAAGGGUUUUUUUUUUUUUUUUUCUUUUGCUUUUGUUAUAUUAGUUUAAUUUUAUUCUUAGUGUUUGGAUUUUGAUUGUCCGUAGAUCCGGCAAUUAUCUACGUUUGUCUUGUUCCUCUGAUUUGUAAUUUAUAUAGGAUUUUGUGAUAAGAAAAGAGGUCAUUAAUUAAUCAUUCACCAUGUUAGUGAA